CUUAAGUUUAGCCACGUUUACUCAACAUCAUUUUUGUGGUCAGGAACUCUUCGCUUAGUUAAAUUUGGUCACCGUUACUCAUCAUCCGUUUUCGCAUCUCGAAAAUUUAAUAUUUUUUGACCCUCUCCACUCCCUAUAUAAACUAGUGGCAGGACAAAGAGCAGUCGCCAUCCCUUCCUGUGGCCUAAGAAUUGUUUACUCUUUCCUCUUCUCUUCCUCCUCUUCUUGCUCUUCUUUUUCCUACUAGUCUUCUUCUGUUUCUUUCAUUGGCACUAUUCUGCUCUGUUUCUUGCACUGUUUCUUGUUCUCUGUUUUCUUCGUCAUGCCGUCGAUGUCGAUGUUGUUGUCAUCCUCGGUGUGCCAAGGGCUCCACCCUUUGAAACUUAAGCAGCCACAAAUCCGAAGAUGGGUUCUUCUAUCCUGUACCCGCAAAGAUCAUGCAACAUCCAAGAAAGCCAAUGAAGAGAUGGAUAGUGGUGGCGGCGGCAGCGGCGGCGGCGGUGAAGGUGAACGGAGUCCCAUCUACUUUUUUCCCAGUCCCUCGAAAAGCCCUCCAAUGGCCGUAGACAUGUCAUGGCCCGUCGCCAAAACUUCUCCACCUCCAGCAACCAAGCGAGCGAUCCAUGGGAAGAAGAACUUGGCAAUGUGCACAGAGACUUUAGGCUGCGAGACCGGCGCAGUAUACCCUGUCGGUUACUUUGAUGCUGAUGCUGAGAACGGCCACACCGGACGUCCAAAAGAAGAAAUGGUGGCGAUGAGGAGAAAGAGGGGGAGCGAGAGAACCGGGUUUCCUCCACCGCUGACCACGCUGUUGGGGGGGUCCCGCCUUCGUAUCUUGAGCAGGAGGGAGAAUGGCAGGCUGCUGCUACAGCCUGUCAAGCCAUCCGUCAUGGAAGCCGAGAGGACCGACGGUCGACUUCGCCUUCGUUUCUACUGCGGCAGGCCUUUCCACUCCAAUGACAAAGAAGUAGGAGAGUUGGAGUAUGAGGAGGCGAAAGAAGAGGAGGAAGAAGAGGGGGGUUACUUGGGUGUUGUUGGUAUGGAGAUGAAUGAGAUGAGCUACAGCAGUAUCAGUGGUGGGGAGGAGAUGGGGAUUGGGAGGUUUAGAAGGCCUGGUGGUUGUAAGGAGGAAGAGGGUGGUGGGCACGGGGGCAUGGCAAGCCGCAGCAAGGUGAUGCUCAACUGGGAGGCAGAGGCUUUCUGGGUCGCCAGCUCCUGAAAGCUUGCCAUGGUUUCAAGGAGAGGAAGAGCUUCUCAUAGUGCUUUCUAAACGUUGCUCUCCAUUCUAUCCAGCUAUCUAUAGCAGAGCAUAUAGUUUCCUCUAUCUUUUGUCUCUCUAAAGUCAUGAAGUUCCUCUCUCUCUCUCUCUCUCUCUCUUCUUUGUUAGUCAAAGUGGUUGCCGUUUGGCAAGCUAGGCUUAUGACGGACUCAGAGGAUGGUGUUUUAGGGGCAUUAGGUUAGGUUUAUGAGGAUCCUGCUUCUUUGGACAACCUCUAGUGUUUGUGGAUGGUUGUACUUGUUUUUUUUUUUAAAAAA